GAGAGGUGGAGUAAGGGUCUCACCCGGAAGUGAUGCUCGCAAAUUGUGACGUUUAGUGCAUCGUGACUAGAAACCUGUCUUGUCCUAUUAUUUCUGGACUGGACUGUAGUUUAUUCAUGAAGGACUUUAACUUUAAGUGUUAACAAGAAUCGGACCGGUGGAGCCAUGGUGGGCUAUGACCCCGGGGCUCAGGGUGCAGCCCACUCCCCAGAGGAGGCCGCCCUGUCUGGGUCAGCAGCUGGCAUGGUCACCCGGGUGCUCAUCAGCCCCCUUGAUGUGCUUAAAAUCCGAUUUCAGCUGCAGAUUGAGCGUGUGUCUUCACGGAGGCCCGAGGGAAAGUACCGGGGCUUAUUUCAGGCAUCCCGGUGCAUUUAUUCAGAGGAGGGCCUCUCUGCUUUCUGGAAAGGCCACAUCCCUGCACAGCUCCUCUCCAUCUGCUUUGGGGCUGUCCAGUUUGCCACUUUUGAGUGUCUGACGGAGGCGGUCCACAAGUCAACGCUGUACGACGGCCAGACAGCAGGAGUUCACUUCGUAUGUGGCGGCUUGGCUGCGUGCUCGGCGACUGUGGUCUGCCAGCCUCUGGACACACUGCGGACACGCUUUGCAGCUCAGGGAGAAACCAAGGUGUACAGGAACAUGCGUCAUGCCGUGUCCACAAUGUGCCGCUCAGAGGGCGUGCUGAGCUUCUACCGCGGCCUGUGUCCAACGCUGGUGGCGGUGUUUCCUUACGCUGGGCUGCAGUUCUACUUCUACAAUGUCUUUAAGAAACUGUUGCCUCCAGCACCCAAAGAAACUGGAAACUUAGGAGGGCACCUGAAAAGCCUGGUCUGUGGCAGUGGAGCUGGAAUGAUCAGCAAAACAAUCACAUACCCGUUUGACCUCUUCAAGAAGAGGCUGCAGGUGGGGGGCUUUGAGGCAGCCAGAGUUCAGUUUGGACAGGUGCGGAGCUAUCGAGGCCUGGUGGACUGCAUGGUUCAAAUAGCCAAAGAGGAGGGCGUCCGAGGCUUCUUCAAAGGUCUCUCGGCCAGCCUUGUGAAGGCUGCAUUGUCAACAGGCUUCACCUUUUUUUUGGUAUGAGGUGUUCCUCAAUGGCAUGCGUAACCUCAAGGAGAGACGGAGAACAAAUGGGCUCUCCAAAGAUCGAGUGGAAAGAUAGUGAAUGGAAGAAAAGUAACAAAGGCACAAUCACGCACAUCAGAAAUAGACCCUUCUUCUUUUCUUGCACUUAACACUUUUUAUCAACUGGGUCGAUUAGGUGGAGGUCUUUGCUGUAAGGAUGAAAGAACAUAACCUCAUUUUACUUGUUUUUGUACUGUCGUUGUGUUCUAUAAGCAGGGAUUUUUUGUUGUAUGUAUUUAAUAUUAUGGGGUUUUCUAAAAAGGUAUAGAUUCUUGCUUCUGAUCAAACUGAACUUUGCACAUUUUAUGCUCUGACCUAUUCCUAACUUUGCCAAUGUUGACUCACAUUUUCUUGACAUUUAUUUAUUCAACUGGAAGAUGAGUAUUCACCAACAUGUGCAUUGGUUGAAUGUGUUGUGACAAAAAUAUGUAAUAUUUAUUUUAUUUUGUACGGCAUCCUGUUGACUGUAGGAAAAAUAAGCUGCUUAUUAAGAGUUUAGUUUGUUCAAAGUUAAACUCUUAAAAGUGUCUGUGCCUACAUACCUAUCCAACACAUUCAGCUCAUUAUUUUCUAAAUAAAAGAGGAUACAUGAAUGUUUGCAAAA